AUGCCCGCGUACUUCCCGCGCUGCUUCGUCGUGGAGGAGCUCGUGCAGCAGCCACACGCCGCGCGCCUCGAGGAGAUGACGCGGUUCCUGGAGAGGCCCGGUCUUUGCGCCCAAAGAGAGCCAACGUUCGGGGGAGACGAUGCGCCCUUCGAGAGCUGCCGCGCCUACGAUCUCUUCUUGUACGUGAAGUUCUUCUGGUUGCCGGAAGAUCCUUUCAGCGGGAUUACGGGGCGACUUUUACGGGCGCCUUUGACAAGAUGCAACAAGAUGCAGGCCGCCAACAUCACAGAUGCCGACUUUGCGGCGGAAGUGCGCAGCGUGACAACGCGCGUGCUGAUGAGGCGCACGAAUAGAGCCCUUUUUCUGGGCGGCGGCCAGGCAGACGGCGGGAAUCUGUCCGCGUGGAACCCGCAGCCCCCAGCGGGCCGCCAGCAGCAGCUGCGGGAGGCUGCGGCGGCCAUGCUGCAGCAAGCGCUGCUUGGGCUGCAGGUUGGGAUGCAGCCGGCGCAGCCGGUGGUCGAAAUCCUUCCGCGGAGAAAGCCCGCCACUUGGAGCGGGCUCACGGGUCAAGUGCGUGAUGUCAUGGGGCGCUGCCCAGCGCUGGCCGACGCUUCGGAGGCGGAGAUGGACUCGCGGCCAGUGGCGCGGCCACUCGCGGCCGCGAUAGCGGAGAAGCCGAGCCGGACACUAAGAAGCCUCGUGGCAAGAUAA